AGGGUAUCCAUGUUGACAACAAACAAGCGAGUUUGUUCAUUUCACUGUAAGACAACGUGACUUAUAACCAAAAAGAUGAGUAAGGACGAUGCCAAAUAUUAUUUAGCAGACCAUCAAGUACCACAGCUUUUUUCGAGUUUAUUGACACAGCUAUUGAUUCAUAAACCUGAGAACCAUAUAGAUUUCUUACAAGAAUGCAUGAGCAAAGUAAAAAAAGGAGGACUGGACAGCUUGAAAGUUGACAUGACCGUUAAGCAGGAAGACUGGACAAAGAAGGAAGGAGUGUUACCAAGUCAUGCACAAGAUUUAAAUAGACCAUUUACACGUUAAAAACAUUUUUAGUUGCCACUGAUGGACUGCAAAAGAUAUUUAACAUGACAAGGAAUGAGAAAACCAGUGCUAUGUCACUACCACAUUCAUUAUCAGUAUUAAAUUAAAGAAAAAACUGUGAUAGAUAUACUGGUGUUUCAUUUUUUAAAUAAAUGAAGUGCUGAUAGAUGAUGAGAUCAUACAUGUAGUUACUGUAAUGGAGAGUUAGUGCCCACUCUUGCAAUUAAAUGGCAUUCAAGCAAGUUGUGUGCAAUUCUUUAGUGUUUUUUUAAUUUUUAUUACUUAAGGUAAGUGGGAGGUGAACUGUGAAAUCUUGAUUUGGGAUACUAAAAAAAAAAUUGAAAUGUUUAUAAGUGGUAACUGAGCAUUAAGUUGAUUUCUCAGAAGCUCAUUUUUGACAUUUGUUUGGAAUGAAGUAGAGUUUUAGAUCAGUGUAAAGCCACUCAACUCAACUAGUGAGAUGCUUUUGUUUUAUUCAUAGUCGUCAAUAGCAGAGAUGUUUGUGUUUCUCUCAUUUGAGUAUUGGAUUUGGGCAUAUUUAUAAUUAUAAGAGUUUAUGAUUCUGUUUCAUAUCAACUAGGAAGCCUUCAGGGUCACAGUGGAGAUUAAGGAAACAUUAAGUGAUAAGGUAUUUCCAUUUUUACCAGGGUUCAAGCAUUGGUCUUUCUUUGGUAAAGGAAUUGUAGAAAAAACUUUUUGAGAACAGAAAGUUAAAGAGCUUACUUUCAUGUAAUUUAUCUCAGUUUUAUAAAAUUCAUAAAAGCAAAAUACUACCAAAAUAGGCUUUAAUUGUGUUUUUGGCUUUCUUUGAUAAUAUUUUAAUGUUUUUUUAUAACUAUCUAAUGAAAGUAUAAGUUUUAUAAUUUAGACAGAUAUAUACAACAAUUGUAUGUAAUCGGCAUUAAGUUCGUAACAUUAUACCCAAUGUUAAAAAAUAUCUUCUUCAUCUGAAAAAUUGAUGGUGAGUAAAUCACUUGGCAUGGUCCUGCAAAUAGAUACUUGCUGUUACAAAUAUAUAUUCUCCAGGGAAAGAACCCCAUCAAUUUUAAUGACAGAGCUCCAUCAAAAAUAGUAUUCUAGCAACUCUGGCAUAAUGUUAUAGAUCACUGGAAGACAAAUUGGCCACCAGGUAUAUGAACUUAGUAGGCCACUUUAAAAGGAAUGUGUGUAUAUUUGGGAUUAAGACAAGUAGAUAUACAAUUAACCACCUCAAAUUUUUAGCACUUGUCAGUUUCUAAUUAAGACUGUUGCAUAUAUAAAUGCCUUUAAAACCACUUCUUUUAAAUUUUCUUUUGACCCAUGGCAAUAGGAAUUAUUACAUGCAUUACUUGUAUUUUCACUAUUUGAGCACUGGUUGUUAUUUUUUAUGUAUUAUUUGAAAAGGAUAUAACAUGCCUUUGGGAUAAACACACACAUUGUUCACAAAGAAAAGAAAAUGGGGGAGAUUUUAAGACAGCAAACAUCACUUGUUACAAUCCAAGCAAGAAGUGCAAGCAUUCCUUGACAGCAGAGUUACUCAUUCUUUCAUACAGUAUUCCUAAAUUAAACUGAGCUAAACAACCUUGCCAAUGUCAAAUGUGUAAAACAUAGAUAUUUUGAAUAUUAAUGUCUAUAUUGAGACAUAUUUCUAUCAGGGCUUUUGAGCUUGGAAAUACAGCAGGGGACUCUAUAAUGAUACCAUCAUGAUAGAUAACUAUUUUAUGACUCUUGUUUGUUGGUUUAAAGUGCUUGUGAUAGUUGUAAAAAGCAUUUUGUUAUUUCUGAAAUUAUCAAAACCCCAACACAAGAAAUGCUAUGUAACUGUCAGAUUAAUUGUAGACCGCUGUUGUUGCGAGUUGCACUUCACAGAUGAAAAAGAUCACAGUACAACUUAAGGCAUGGAACAUUUCCAGGGAUCUUUGUGCAUAGAAAAAUGAAUUUGAAAAUAUAUUGCUUCUUGAAUGUAUCAUGGUUGAAGUGUUGUAAUUUUAGCAGUGCACAGUAAUAUUGCUCAACUUUUCUAUUAUUAUGUUGCUUGUAUAUACACACAUGCAUCUAUUGCUCAACCUAGCAGUUAAAAAGCUGUUCAGGGCAUUUUGUUUAUAAAAAUAAAUAAUGUACUGAUAUGUGCUUGUGAAUUUUUUAUUGAGUUUUCUAGUGAUUGAUAUUUUAUUAAUAUCCAGGGUUCUUUCCUGUCUUCAAAGGUUCAUUUGGGGACAGCCAGGCAAAAUACAUAACUGAAAAAUAACCACUUGAAAUUAGGUUUCCAAUACAUUAUUAAGAUGCAUUUCUUGCUUUUUUAUAACAUACAGAUACAGUGUGUUUCUGUAUAUAUUCUGAUAACUGUGUCUAGUCCGUGUCUUAGUUGUGGUCUUUCAACACAUUAGCCCCUAUAACUGCCAAGUCAUAUUAUUGUUUUACCUUAAAUUUACCGAGUGGCUUUAUUUAGUUAAAAAAUGUUUCAUUUGAGCAUGGUCAGAUUAGUUUUACAUAAGUUAUAAAUUUUUUUGUGUGUGUGUUUUUAUGCACGCAUUUUGCAAUAUUCGCCGCAUAAUUUGUUUUUCUUUAAACUUAUUGAGUGGGUUUGCUUGGAUAAGUAAAAGGUGUCUUUUGAAAAUUACCAUUAUCCGACAACUUUUAUCUCUGUGUUUCCCAGUGUUGCUCUCUGGUUUUAAUUAGAAUUUUGUCAGUUCUGUAGAUAAAUGAUUCAGCAAAAUGAAUCUUUGGAGCACCCAAUAAAAUGAAAACAAAUGCAAAAUAUACAUUACCAAUUAUCUUUGAUGGGUAAUGAGAUUGACAAUUAAAAUAUUUCCAAAUUUAUUAUCUUAAUUACCAACUACAAAAUUUUUCCUUUUUUUACAGUGUUAUUCAUGUUUAACAGGUCCAACAUCUCUAACCCAACUGGAUGGGACCUGUGCCAUCCCUAAAGUUUUCCAUGCUAAAAAAUGUAGACUAUGGAAUGUAUAAAUCAUUAAAUGAAAUAUAAAUUUUGUGUAGAAUUGAUUCUGAAUGCAGGUUCACAUAUUAAAUAAUUUAAAUAUGAAUAAAAUGCUUUUAGAGAAGUGCUUCUUUGCACUAAAACUAUUUAAUAGUUGCAAAAAUGCACUGUGUCUAUUGCAUUGUCUAAAUGAAAUUUCAUUGAUUGAAUGACUCUCAGUUAUGAGAUAAUAUUUGACAUUUUCUUCAAACAAAUUUGUUGUUUUCAUUUGAUAACUAUACAGAUAAAUUGUUGGCUUUAGUAUAACUAAGCUCAGCAAGGUUAAUUUCGUGUAAUUUGCCAGUUUUUACUUGACCCCCUUCCAACUUAUGGGUUCCAGCAAGGAAACGUACCAGAAAUACCUAUCCACCCCAUCAAACAAAAUGUUUUGUCAGUGUAAAAUCACUUAUUUUAUAUCAACACAAUCAAAGUGAGAUAUUAACGUAAAUUUAAUUCACCGAUACUCCCCGACACAGACUAUGAAACAAUUAAUUUCAGUUCUGAAAGGUCGCGCCAAUGAGACUUUCACAGCUGGUGCGCUCGUCUUUUAAUUUACCCAGAAUGCUUAGCGUUGUGUAGAAGGCAAAAUGGCUCAUAGACACUCGCUGGGUAGGAGAAGCUCUCGUUCAGGUACUGAAAAAGAAGAGGAUGAAACAGAAAACAAUGGUUACGUUCAUGACUAUGUCAAGAUAUUGGAACAAGGUAGUUACAAUGUAAUUGUUAGCUGGGCAAAUGGCCUGGCAACACAGUUAUCAAAGGAACAAUUAUGGGCCGUGUACGGAGUCGGCAGUCUGCUGCUUGGACUAGUCGCCUAUGAGAUUUGGACGUGCGAUUUAGCCCAGCUAUUUCAGAGAUUUUGUGCGCUUUUGGUGCCAAUAUUCUGUAUAUCAUGUGCUUUUUAUUGGUUGACUGUAUAUCUGAGGCGAGCAUGGAACAGUACUAGUAUUUAUUUAUUCUUUUGCUCUUGUUUUGUGGGCGAAUUCCUCGCUCAGCUCCUGUGCAAUGCAAACAAUGCUGCUGAGCAGUACAUCACACAGCCGUGUUUUCUCUGCAUUGUAUUGGUUUCGGUGUGUAUCUCUAGUUUAUUUUCCACACUAGACACUACCCAAAGCGCGUUGGUCAUAGUGAGUGUUAGCUUCUUGAGGUUCCUAGCCUGCAGUAGCUUGCAGGAUUUCCCCCAGCUGCUUCGACCCUAUACAUCGUAUAGUGCUGGCUUGGUUGGAGUGCUGGCAGCCAAAUACAUAGAAACAAUAUACAGGACUCCCAUCAGCACAUUUGUAACACAUGAUGGCAAAAUACCGGUCAUCAAGAGGCGAAGAUCAAGCUCAUCCAGUGCCCAGGGUUUUCGUGUUGGGCGUCGGACAUCAUUACCAGCCCUGAGCCAUAAGAACCAGAGUUCUGUUCCCAGCUACGAAUCAGAGCUGAUCCGUGAAGCCCAUGGACUAAUCACAGACAUGUUAGCAGAUACCAGUCUCCCGCCUCAUGUUAUCAGUGGUCUCAAGGCAGUAGGCAGUUUGUUAAAGCCUCCAGAGAACCACAUGCCCAUCAACAGGCCCAGGGUCAGUCCUCUGGUUUCUUUAGCAGAGUCCACCAACUACGGGUCUGAUUCAGAGGAUUUACCCUACACAGGAGAGCGACCUUCUUCCCUGCCAAGGAGAUUACGCCGCAGCUUACCUCCAAGCUUGUUACGUCGCAUGUCUACCAGUACCUGGACCACCACCACCUCUGCCACUGGGAUGCCCACUCUGGAACCUGAGCCAUGCCGUACACGCAGUUCCAGUUUCCGCCAUUCCAGAGAAAGCACUCCAGCCUCCAGUCCCUCUGGCAGUCGUAGCAACAGUCCUUCACCUAAUACAGCAACCACAAUAUCUCUGACCAUACCAAAAUCUCGAUCAUUCUCUCUUGCAUCAGCAGGACCUGUAUCUUCUGUAAACCAAAAGAGGUUCCCCCGGGACCGUAAAAAUGUUUUUAUGCCUAGUGCUCCAGAAGAAGCUGGCACCCAUUUGAAGCCUCUUAGCCCAUUAGUGAAAAGCUCGGAAGAAAGUAUGACUAUAAGAAAUACCCCGACCAAAGAAGCUCAUGCUUUACUCACAAAGAGAUUGCAAAGGACAUCAGAUUAUGAAAGCAGUGACUCUCCCAAUAACAGUGAUCAUAGUGACAAUAUUGUUAACACAGAAGAGAUGAUAGACUCAAAGACAACCUCAAAGAUAGGGACAACUUCACAAGUGGAGCACUUAGCGAACAGAACAGCCCAUCAUACAGUGGAGAGUCUAAUACAGAACAACAAUGCCAGCCAACUAGACAAGCAGGAGGACACAAACACCCUCCCCUAUGAAUUAUCAGUAUUCGAGAACUUAGAAUUAUUACAAAUAUCCAAUAUCAACAAGUGGGAAUAUCCCAUCUUUGACCUCUCCAAAGCAGUUGGGAAUUAUAUCCUUAGCUUGGUGGCUUAUAGACUUUUCUCAGAAACUGGCCUCUUUGAAACAUUCCGAAUCCCCCUCCCACAGUUCAUGCAUUACUUCCAUGCUCUAGAGGAGGGCUAUAGAGACAAGCCUUACCAUAAUAGGAUCCAUGCGACUGAUGUGUUACAUGGAGUGUAUUAUUUUACUACCCAGCCAGUGCCAGGAUUCCAGCAGAUCAACCCAGAUGAUGUGCUGAAUAAACAAGGUUCCUCAAGUGAAUCAGAUUCUGAUCCUGGAGAGCGUCCAACAUUAAAACAUCAUCAGAGUUUCACAGCAGAGGACAGCUAUGGAAUCAUGGGAGGUAAUUUGCCUCCUCUGGAGCUCAUGGCCUUGUACACCGCCGCCGCCAUGCACGACUACGAUCAUCCAGGCAGAACUAACGCUUUCCUGGUGACAACAAAUGCGCCACAGGCUGUGCUGUACAAUGACCGUUCAGUAUUAGAAAAUCACCAUGCAGCUGCGGCAUGGAGUCUCUUCCUCUCCCAUCCCAAGUACAACUUCUUGUGCCAUAUUGACAAGGCUGAAUUCAAACGCUUCCGUUUCCUGGUGAUCGAGGCUAUACUUGCUACUGAUCUCAAGAGACACUUUGAGAUUCUUGCAGAGUUUAAUGCCAAGGUCAAUGAAGAGGAUUCCCCAGGAGUGGACUGGACCUCUGAAACUGACCGACUCUUGGUAUCUCAGAUAGUAAUUAAGCUAGCUGAUAUUAAUGGUCCCUGUAAGCCAAGGGAUUUACAUGUGUCUUGGACAAUGAGCAUAACAGAGGAAUUUUAUGAACAGGGUGAUGAAGAAAAACGCCUGGGUCUCCCAAUUUCUCCAUACAUGGACAGGCGGCAUCCCCAGUUAUCAAAACUACAGGAAACAUUUAUCAAUCACUUGGUGGCGCCACUGUGCAACGCGUAUGGCCAAGCUGGACUGCUUCCAGGGACUUGGUUGGAUGAAGAGAGUGAUGAGGAGGGGUCAUCAGAGAGUCAGGAUGAGGAGGAUGAAGAAGAAAGGGAUAGUUCUGCCUGCAAGGAUACAGAAGAUGAAGGGGAUGAAGAAGAGAAGGUAUCUGUUUCAGUGGCCCCUGCGCCAAAGCACAAGCAAAAGACAAGAAAAAUACUGUGUCAGUUGACCAAGAACCUGAAAGAGAAUCAUGAUAUGUGGGUGGCCAAGAUUAAAGCAGAACAAGAGGAGAAGGAAAGACUUGAGAGUGAAAUAGAAAAUCAAAAGAAUUUGGAGAACAACAGCAGCAUAUCAGACAACAAACCAGAGAUGGAACCUAUUCAGGAAGAAGAUACCAAUGGCAACAAACCACCUUCACCUCCACAGAGUGGGGAGAAAUGAUAAACUACAGGAAAUUACAUAGCUGAUGGAGUGUGGAUUUACUACAACCUGACAGCUGGCUGAAGAAGAUAGGUGGUGCCUGUUGAUGCCUGGCUGGGAGCUGUUGGAGCCCUGGUUAUCAUGACAGAGCAUCAUUAGAGAAUAUGAUUUCUUUUAAAGCAAGUGUGGUUUCUAAGGACAACAAUUGAGCACAUUUUUCUUGGUGUGUUCUGUUUUUUCCCCCUCUUUUUUUUUUAAAUGAGAUUGAGAUUUUGUCUGAACAUGAAGCUAGAUAGGCACAUGUGGAUGUUGUUUGGUUUUGUAAAGGUACAAGUAGACGACAAGCAGUUAUAAUAAUUAGUAAUUGAUAUCUCUAGAAGGAAACUAAGUCAGCUAACAGUGCAAUUUAGUCUCUGAAAUAUACUGAAAGACGGGUCAUUUGCUAAGAUCUUUCUGGUACACUCAGAAUUAUUAACUUUACAUAGCAAGCAAAAAAGAGCUGACUUUGGAUUCACACCCUAAAUAUACCAGUAUUGAAUAUGUUAAUAUACUGCCCAUAGUCAGCUGGUUGUUUUUCUUGGUAUGAAACAGCUGCUCAAAUAUAAUCAAUUUCCUUACAUGUGACUGUGCUAUAUAUAUAAAUAUAUACAAAUAAAGGUGGCCAGUCAGUGUUAUUCUACUCUUACAUUUCAUGUGUACUUGUACGGUUCAUGAUGUACCAGUAGGAAUAAUAUAAAACUGUAUAGGUUGUUACGUAAUUUGUCAUUAAAUUUAUUAAUUACUAUUUAAACUUUUAUAAAGUCAGCUUUUAGAUGAAGCUCUAGUUUAUUAUAUAACAUUUAUGAAACAAUCCCAAGCUUGUCCAAAGAUUGAAGCUUUUAAGAAGAGGAAUUUAUUUACAUAAAGAAGGAACACAUGCUUAUUGUAUUCAUAGAUUUAUCUAUUUACUAAAUGUACUUUUAUGUGUAAAUAAUGUGGAGUGAGUGAUCAAAUGUGUACAUGCUUGUGUGAAUGUGAAAAGGAGAGAGAGAGAAUUUGAAUAUAGUCUCUAUAUUAUCAACGUGAAUUUUGUGUCAAACACAUGAGUACAUACAAGGUUGUGUAUGUAUAGACAAACAAGUGGUAAUCUUUGCUUGUGUUGUUAAAGAAGGUAGCAUUUUGCAUAGUAUUUACUCUACAAAUAAUACCUUCUUGCUUCCACUCUGCAGAUUGGAACAAGGAUUUUUUUCUUUUAUUUGUGCAAAAAGACUGUGUCAAUAUGAUACCUUUAUGUUGUUAAGUUAUUCCAUUUUAGCAACAUUAGACUAGAUGUGUAAGAUCUUAUGAGUAUGUCCUAUUUUCACCCAUAUCCUUUCUAGUAUUUUGGGGGUAUUUAAAAUUUUUAUUUUAUUUUGGUAACAAUCCAAGUUUUAGGGAUGAAGUUGUAAUUUUAUAGGAUCCAAAGCUUUCUAUAAAACUAAGAUUUUCAUUCAAGAAUUUUGAAUACUUUGCCGUUUCCAAAUAUCUUAUUUUGCCACUUGUAGAUUUUGUGCCCAGGAGGUACAGUGAUGAUACAGAAGAAUAAUUAUAUCAACUUCUUAAAGUAAUUGAGUAAUAAACAUUUUAAUGUUAACCACUGAUGUAGAAACAUGGACUAAGAUAUACAACAUUCUAAAUUAUGACAAGUAUACUGUUGGCUAGGCACUGACUUCUGCUCACCAUGGUAACAUUGCAUACUAAUGGAAGCCAACUUUAGUUGUUUCACUUGGACUACUACAGUAACUAUAAAGUCAGUAUAGUCAGCUGUCCAAGUUUAGCAGUCUUAACAAAUCCUAUAACUUAUAUGAAACGAAGGCAAUCUGUUUCCAGGAAUCACUGAGAAAAAUAGUUAUUCAGUCAUCAUUAGUUUGAACUUUCAGCCCCUUGACCAGCAUUGUUCUGGCAGAUCACUCAAUUUUGGUUGAUUGACAAGAACAAUUUCAAUUUAUUUUUCUUAUUGUAGCCAUUUUUCCAUUGCUCUUAUUUUAGCUGGAAUGCUAUACAGUAAAUGGAUUAUUUCUGAAAUUGUUAUAGUGCAAUAGACUAGUUUGGUAAUUUCACAGAUUAUGGUGAUAAAAUCUGACUUUUUUGGUCAAGUUGCCUCUAUCUUAAGAUCUGUAUAAUUAGUUCUAUCCAUCCUCAGGUUUUUCAUAAAUCACAGCUUAGUGCAUGAGGAUCUUACUCACAAAUUUGUUAUAAUACUUGAAGAUGGUGAAGCUUCAGCAGGAUCUGAACCUUUGACUUUUUUUAAUGAAGUCCUGCAAAGAAAUACGAUUUUAUUUUGAUGAGCAAAUAUAUGGCAGUGUAUCUAAGUGUAGGACCAAAAAAGAAUGUUUUCACUAAGACAGAAAAAAAAUAUAUUGCUGUGGAUAAUGGCAAAGUAAUCAAAUUUCAGGUAGAAAUCUAAUAACUUUGUAAUUUAAGCUUUUAAUCACCUGUGAAGUGAAGCAGCUGGACUGUUGGAGAAAUUUCUAUGGCUUGGAAUUAUGAGCUAUUCUUGCAAGAAUGACAUGGUAUUAAGAAACUCUACACUGUGUAGUGACCUUUUGGAAUUAUUUCAGCCACAUUUCUACUUUGAACAAAAAAUAUUUUUUCAUAUUCACAUUAUAAAUUUUAAUCUUAAUUCUUAGCAGUUAUUAAUAUUUGUAUCAGAGCAAAUUUAGCCCUUUCUUCAUGUGUUCAAAAGAUAUCAUGGAUGAACAUAAAAAAUUCUGCUCUUGAAGUCACAUCACUUUUGUAUUGUAUCAGUUGUAAAUUUUGCCUAAUAACAAACAUGUUGCUGCUUUGACCAGUAACAUAACUUUUAUAAUGUUGUGAUGCUUAACAGUGGAUACUAGACUUUUAUUCAGUUCAUUGGGUGGUUAUAUGUAGAUUUCAAAGACUAAAUUUACCCAUGAUCUUUAAUGUCAUCGUACAAGUGGUGCAAGUGGAAGCAGUCCUACCACUUUGCCUUUUUAACUAAAUAACCUGAAAGGAAUUGCUCAACCAUGUAUGUGGUACACAGGAGCUGUAUCUACACAUUGUGUCAGUCUUGUUAUAAGAAUAUCAUAAUUGUAAUAUUUAACUAUUUAAUACCGUAGCUUAAUAACUGUUUGUAUGCCAUACAGGCAAGAUGGAGCUUCAAGUGAAUCCCAAAUUUUGCCAUUUUAUGUAUAUACUUUUCUUCAAAAUAUAGUAUUAAAUUAAUUUAAAAUGUUUAA